AUGGCUUCCCUAUUUCUGUCUGAAAGCGACCAAAUUCCCGCUAAUAUUACAAACGAAAUUGACCCUGGACGUCCAGCCAAGGACUCCAAAACAUUCCCUCGUGGAUCCGGGGACCUUGAGCUCGUCUCUACUGACAAUGUUCAUUUCAAUAUCCACAAAUUUCUUCUCCAGCACACUUGCGGCUUCUUUGCAGACAUGUUUUCUCUCCCUACGCCUCAGAACGAGGAGUUGCAGGAUGCACAAGUCUCGAAGAAAUCAUCAGAGGUCAUUGAGAUCAACUUGCCCUCCAAAGUCCUUCACGAAUUCCUUUGCCAUAUUGAACCUAACGAGCCUCAGCCCAAGGUCGAUCCGGCCACGGUUGGGGCACUGAUCGAUGCAGCCCUUUUCUACCGCGCUCCAUCCAUCAUCUCAUGGUUCAUCGACGGCAUUCAGUUGGACUGUGUGAAUCGAGUUACUCAAAAGCUUCACCCAUCCCUCCUCGCGACUAAUCCUUUAUUGACUUUGGCCCUCUGUCACAAGGUCGGAAGCGAGAACGGAGUUAAGAGUGCCAUCAAGGAGCUUACUACAUGCGAUUCCAUCUUUUGGGACGAAGAUGUCGAGCUCAGCGGGCGCUUGCUUCUCUACUGUGUCAAGCUCCGGCAAGAGAGGACAGCACUGUACCUCGACUUGGCAGACAAUAUGGCAGACUUCGAAUUCAGCAACACUGGUAAUGUCAAAGAGAGAACCCGGGUCACUUCUCGAUGGAUCAAGUCGCUCGCCACUGCGGCCAGUCAGUGGCCAAAGUGGGACAACAUCCAGGGAAUCGUUUGUCCUGCGAGCUGUCGUAGCUGCGAGCUGGAGUGGCCCGAGUACAAGUCCAAGACCUUUAAUAAAUGGGUCAACAUCAAUCGUCCCGACAGGAAGGAACAAUCUUCGCUUUUGAUUCCAGAGUGGCUCAGCCGUGACCUCGUGACCAAUGCAAGUCUCGUGCCCCUCACCAGAAAGCACAGAGGAGCCUUUUAA